CCGCAAACCACUGUCUUUAUUGAUCAUCAACCCUUUCCCUCACCACGACCUGCUCUUGAUCUGUUGGUCUCUUCCACUUCCCAUUUCUUAUCUUGAUCCACUCUAUCGUCAACACUUUCGUGCUCAUCCUUUCUUUCUUUUUUUUUUUUUCUUUUAAUAAUCGUGGACUUGUGAUCUGCUUGUCCCCUCUUUUGUGUCUUCUCUUUUUUAACUAUGGGCGAGUUUGAGGAGCUCAAGAAGGUCGGCACGAAACUGAGUCGCGCAGCAGAGUCAGAACUUCAAAAGAAAAAGCAGCAACUGGAAUAUGACGAGCGACAACGAAGGAAACAGGAGGAGGCUCAGCGCCGGCGCAAAGAGGCCGAGACCCAAAAGCUGCUACGGCAAGAGCUGGAGCGCAAGAAGAUGGAGGAAGAGCAACGAAAACGGGAUGCGGCAGCCCAACUGAAGGCCAAGGAGCGCGCGAGGGAGCGUGAACGUGAGUUGGAGCGGGAAAAGGAACUGCAAGAAAAGGCAAAGAAGAGGGCCAAUGCGAACGCGCCCACAUAUUCGAGAUCCAGGGCAACCUAUUCAGGAUCAUCAUCUACGUCCUACGAAUCGUCAAAGCCUGCUACCAAGAAGUUGGACUACUCUUUCGAAUACCUGCAAAAAGUAGCACAGUCCAAUGGAUCAGAUCGCUCAGGAUCGAAGGCGUCUAAUAGUUUGAUGGACCGCGGUCAUGGCGAGAGGAACAUGGAUAGGGUUGCCAGCCGUCAAGCCGCUGCAGAGAAACUCAAAGUGAACCGCGGCAUUAGCCCAGAGAGACUACUCACCGCUGCACAGUCGUUCACUGGAACCAAGAUCCUCAAGAAACCUCCAGUAAAACGGACUGCAACUCCAAAGAGCCCCUUCCCGAUGUUCAAGAACCCAGGCGGCGGUGUCAAUCAUGUACGAGAUGCCGGACUAAAAGCCAUUCGCGACGGGCCCAUGCCUCUGAACACGAAAAAGAGAGAUCUCCGAUCAAUCGAGGAGGUCAGCGCUGGAUUACGGGAGAAGGAUGCACGCCGUGAGGAACGUAUAAGGAAAAUCAAGGCGAUUGAAGAGGAGCGGGAACGGCAGCGGCAACAUCGUGAAAAUGCGAUUCAAUCCGCCAAAUACUCUAGAGCAUACAUAGGCGGUGAUACAAACGAAGCAGAGCGAGUGUUCAAGGAGGUCACUGGUGGCUCUGCGUCAUCGCGUCGUGGAAGGUCCCCGAGCCGCAGUCGCAGUCCUAGUCCUAGGCGGAGAAGCAGGAGUCCUGUUCGAAGGAAACGAAGUCUUAGUCCUGGUACGAGCAAGAAGCGGAGCUAUAGUCCUGAGGCUAGGCGGAGAAGUAUUAGCCCGAGACGUAGGAGAAGCAUUAGUCCAAAACGACGAAGGAGCGCUAGUCCGCCUGUUAAGCGGAAAAUGAGUCGGGACAUGGGCGACAGAGACCGAGAUCGGGAUACAGAGCGUAUUCGAGAACGGGAUCGGGAUAUGGAUCGGGAAAGAGGAUCAGACAGUACCAAAGCGAGCAAGAGUAAGAUCAAUAAUGGGUCCGCAAAACGACGGUACUCUCGCUCGCCCUCACCACGACCAUCCAGAAAGCGCACGAGAUCUCCGCGCGGCAACAGCCGUGGCCGUGGACCAUUCGAUGAAGACAUGUCAGUAUCGAGUGUGAUCGGGGCAUUGUUUGGCACGCGUUAUCGAGCAAAGGCAGAGGAUGAAGAUCUUUCCGAUGACAUGGAAGCGCGGCCGGAUGAGGUGUUCCGUGAGGAAGCAAGAAGCGCACGUAUUGCCCGCAAAGAGGACGAGUUGGAAGCAGAGCUGGAGCGCGCACAGAUGGAGCGUGCGCGCAAGCGCAAGCUAGAGCGCGAGCGGGAGCGAAAUCGAUCCUGAACAACCAAUGUAGCGGAGAACAGACCACAGACUUUCUGACUGGAAAUAAAGUUGCUCAUGUGAUCUACGGCCCGUCGUUCAAGUGAG